CCUCUCUCUGUGGCCUCGACCGCCUGGCAUCUUUCCACGCUCCUGAUCUGCUUGGGAAGAGUCGCGUUCAACAGCUCCUGAGUAAUCCUAGUACCUUCUUGUCCGCCAGUGAUGUGGUUUCCAAGACACACUCCUGGGAGACUCCGCGAGCUGGCCUUCGAUGUCGGAGGUGUUGGUUGUGUAACACUUCUGCCCUAGUUAUCUCUUUGUGAGGCCAGGAGUCUUCCAUUGGCUAGCCGGUUUAAGGUGUCGUGAGAUCUUGUGUCCCCACUGGCACGGCCCAAUCCCAAACCCCAAAAGGGACAAGUGUUGGUGACCUGAAAUCCGCUACUCUUAAAUACGGUGCCCCCUUCCCCAUCCUCGUGUUACCCAGGUGGAGCUAGUUAAAGACAAAUCCUCCAGUAUCUUAAUUUAGAGCAGAAACAGUCGUCGGUAAAUACCAUUGCUAUCUUCUAAGAACACUGCGUGCCCCUGUUAAGAGGAUUUCUUUGUUCUGUCUCUGAUGUGUGGUGCGUUCAGGAAAGUCUACACCACGUCGGCGAAAGAAAACACUGUGUGAUGUGAUCCUCAUGGUCCAGGAGAGAAAGAUACCUGCUCAUCGUGUUGUCCUUGCUGCAGCCAGUCAUUUUUUUAACUUAAUGUUCACAACUAACAUGCUUGAGUCAAAGUCUUUUGAAGUAGAACUUAAAGAUGCUGAACCAGAUAUUAUUGAACAACUUGUGGAAUUUGCUUAUACUGCUAGAAUUUCUGUGAAUAGCAACAAUGUUCAGUCUUUGUUAGAUGCAGCAAACCAGUAUCAGAUUGAACCUGUGAAGAAAAUGUGUGUUGAUUUUUUGAAAGAACAAGUUGAUGCUUCAAAUUGUCUUGGUAUAAGUGUGCUUGCAGAGUGUCUGGAUUGUCCUGAAUUGAAAGCUACAGCAGAUGACUUUAUUCAUCAGCAUUUUACUGAAGUUUACAAAACCGAUGAAUUUCUACAACUUGAUGUCAAGCGAGUUACACAUCUUCUUAACCAGGACACUCUGACUGUGAGAGCAGAGGAUCAGGUUUAUGAUGCUGCAGUCAGGUGGUUGAAAUAUGAUGAACCUAAUCGCCAGCCAUUUAUGGUUGAUAUCCUUGCUAAAGUCAGGUUUCCACUUAUAUCAAAGAAUUUCUUAAGUAAAACGGUACAAGCUGAACCACUUAUUCAAGACAAUCCUGAAUGCCUUAAGAUGGUGAUAAGUGGAAUGAGGUACCAUCUACUUUCUCCAGAGGAUCGAGAAGAACUUGUAGACGGCACAAGGCCUAGAAGAAAGAAACAUGAUUACCGCAUAGCCCUAUUUGGAGGUUCCCAACCACAGUCUUGUAGAUAUUUUAACCCAAAGGAUUAUAGCUGGACAGACAUCCGCUGCCCCUUUGAAAAGCGAAGAGAUGCAGCAUGCGUAUUUUGGGACAAUGUAGUGUACAUUUUGGGUGGCUCUCAGCUUUUCCCCAUAAAACGAAUGGACUGCUACAAUGUAGUAAAGGACAGCUGGUACUCUAAACUGGGCCCUCCAACUCCUCGAGACAGCCUUGCUGCCUGUGCUGCGGAGGGCAAAAUUUAUACCUCUGGAGGCUCAGAAGUAGGAAAUUCAGCUCUGUAUUUAUUUGAGUGCUAUGAUACAAGAACAGAAAGCUGGCACACGAAGCCCAGCAUGCUGACUCAGCGCUGUAGCCAUGGGAUGGUGGAAGCCAAUGGCCUGAUCUAUGUUUGUGGUGGGAGCUUAGGAAACAAUGUUUCUGGAAGAGUGCUUAAUUCCUGUGAAGUUUAUGAUCCUGCCACAGAAACAUGGACUGAGCUGUGUCCAAUGAUUGAGGCCAGGAAGAAUCAUGGGCUGGUAUUUGUAAAAGACAAGAUAUUUGCUGUGGGUGGUCAGAAUGGUUUAGGUGGUCUGGACAAUGUGGAGUAUUAUGAUAUUAAAUUAAAUGAAUGGAAGAUGGUGUCACCAAUGCCAUGGAAGGGCGUGACAGUGAAGUGUGCAGCAGUUGGCUCCAUCGUUUAUGUCUUGGCUGGUUUUCAGGGUGUAGGCCGAUUAGGACACAUCCUCGAAUAUAACACUGAAACAGACAAAUGGGUGGCCAAUUCCAAAGUCCGUGCUUUCCCAGUCACAAGUUGUUUAAUUUGUGUUGUUGAUACUUGUGGAGCAAAUGAAGAGACCCUUGAAACAUGAAAAAUGAGUAGACUUCAAGACUCAUCAAGACUCGGAAAUAUGGCCACCAGAGCUUUGUUCCAAGAGUUAGUUACAAAGUUCUGGUGUGGUGUUUUGGUGAAGGAAAUUUCAAGUGAGUGAAGUAAGAUCCCUAUAACAUAAUCCCUCCUUCCUUCCCCACUCUUGGAGAUUGAACCCAGAGGUGUUCUACUGAGCUACAUCUCCAGCUCUUUUAUCUUGAGAGAGGGACUCUACAUUGCCCAGACUGCCCUCCAACUUGGAAUCCUCCUGUCUCAGCCUCCUAUGUAACUGAGGUUACAGGUGUGCACCACCACACCUGGCUAAAUAUUUCUUUUACAUGGAUUUCCUUACUUAACUCUUAGACCAUCAUUUAGCUGGCCACAUAAUCAGGAACAUAUCUAGCAAGAAAACUUGAGAAAUUAUAAGCAUUUGUUAGAUAUAUUAAUUUCUUGAAUGAAUUUUACAUUUGUAAUAAUUAUGGCAGAGUGAGGGAUGCUCAUCACUGACGCAACCUCAUCAUAGCUCUAGAUUCUAUUUUCAUAUACAUGUAAGUGCUAUGUAGUUAGGUCUGUUUGUUCCUGUUUGGUCCACAACUGAGAAAUAUGGUAGUAUGACUUAUAAGUCAAGAUGGGUAGCUCUGAUGGAACAGUUUUGUGUCUCAUAGUUUUACUUGUCUUGCUUUGUUUCAUUUACUGCCAAAUGUAUUCCAUUUCAAAGAAAGCAGAGUAAGUCAGGGUAUACACAUACUUUCCUACAAAACCUCAUAAACAGAUUUUUAGACUCAACAAUGUGUCCAAUCCUCAUGAAAUAGAUUCAAUUCAACUCAAUAUGUUCCAUCAGUUUAACAUAAGAUGUUAAACUUUGUGCCUAUCAUUAAUUUUUUUUUUUUUACUCAGUGGUCUAAAAAGUGUUCUAUAGCUUCAGUCCCCACUGUUAAAUAAAAUCCGGUCAUAAUGAGUGAUUAGCAGAAGACAAAGAUAUUUAAAACUUCUAGAUCAUUAGAAAAACAGUGACAGAUUUAUCACAGUAUCAAUGUUGACUUUGAACUUCUUAUUAAUUAAAAAGAUACAUGAUUUCUUUUCCCUUAGCAGAACACAUGAGAGAUAUUUAAUACAGUUGUCUCUAAAAGUUUUGUAAUAAUUUAAAUGUAUGUCAUCACCUGUUCAUUGCUUUUAUGUGGUCAGUGAAUUAUUUGCCAACACAACUACUAAUUUCUUUCCUGGUAAUGUUUCACCCUUUUCAUUAUGUAUGAAAUGAGCCAUGUAAAACUGUCAUCGUCAUUGUUUUUAUCUGAUAAUAUUAAAUAUUUUUUACUUAAAAUA